GCUCCGAACCACACAUCAAACAACUGCAGUGACGUCGCAUUGUACAAUGGACGUGAAAUUUGUGAUAAUUUUCAUCUGCCUACUCGCUCUGCUGCCCACACCUGGACAUGCUGAUUUUUUAUACAAUAGAAUUAGUCCGAAGACACCGGAAGAAUUAGAUGCAUUGAAUCUCAAAUGUGCACCCGGUCGGACGAUAUUAAAGAUAGAGUCAGUAUCAGAUAAAAGUUUUGAUGAUGAUGAUGGAACAGAGGAAGAUGAUGGUGAAAUAGCAACUGAUACGAGACGAGUUCACAUGAAAUUUCCACCGAAAGACGACAGCUGUAAAAUAUGCGUCUGCUCUGUAGAAGGCAAAGACGAAUACUGCAGCAAAAGACCCGCUAUGAACGUCAACGAAUGUAUGAGGAUGACAAUGAUCAAUGACAGUUUUAAUAAAAAUAUACCAUUCGAUCAUGAGAGGUCACUUUCUUACCGGAUUAGAAGAGUGGGAGAUGAGGAAACCGAAUGCGUACCAUUCUUGUCAGAGUAUACAGAUUGUUCUGAAGCCAACGUGUGCACUGGCUGUACUAAAUGCUCGUGUUCAGCGGAAGGGCAAUGGCAGUGCCAGUUGGUGCAAGAGUGCCCAGGGUCGGGAGACGAGGAUGUAGUCAAUGCGGAUACCAUUAGCAACGCCUAUGAUGUCUUGUUCAAUGAACUUUCUAACAUGGAAACUAAAGCUGAACCGAUAGAUCCAGAAAUUCAGCCUGAGGAAAGUCGUUUGUUAGGAAGCUAUGAAGAUUUAGACGAAGGGCAACACAUGGCACCAAUAGUGAAGAGAUCCGUGAGUCAGAAUACAAGCACUAAUAAUGCCAAUGGAACUGUUAAGUUUUAUAACAUCGUUGAUGAAAUAAAUGAAGACACUUUGAAGAAUACUAAUGAAUCAGGUACAAUUGAGGCGAAACAGUUUAAUGGUGUGAAAGUGCCGAAAAUUUCAAGAAGGACCAGUGUUAUGAAUACCAAAAAUAUUACUGGAAUCAGUGAUUUGCAUAUAGAUUUUCAUCAACCAAAAGAAUUUGAUCACCACAUUGUUGAUAAUAAAAUAGAUUCCUUAGUUCGGAAUGAAGAAAAAAUAAAAAUCUUGAACCCAAGUAAAAUAGGUGAAGUGAUAGGGAACCACUCACAACAAACCAAAGACAAAGACUUGUCUCAAAUAGUUGUUAAUGAACUCAAGAAAGGAUCUGAAAUAAUUGGUAAUAAGGAUAUGACUCCUGUUUCAAAUAUAACUUUUACACCAGAAAAUGACACUUUGACUGCAAUGGCAUUCAUUGCUGGUGAUUUAUUGAGCAAAUUGUGGAAGAUUGAAAAAGAAUCAAGUGUCGAAUCAAUGGAAACCGAAGUAUUGAAGCAUGAAAAACUAGCUGAUUUAUUAGAAUUAUUUAAAGAACCACUUACAAUGAGACAAGAAUUAUUCAUAAAGAAUGCUUUAGAAAGACUUUCAAAAGCAUUAGAUAAGGAUAGAAAAUUGAAAAAUGUUUCACUAUGCGAAACUUUAGCUUCGUCAGAGAGUAUUCUUGGUAAUUCAAGUAAUGGCAACCAUGAAGAUGUUAUAGAAAUGCAUACAAACUGUAAAAACAGCAACGAUUCUAAACAUCAGCAUGCUAAUAAUCCUUCAGUAAAUGGUACUGUAGAGGCAAUAUCAAAAAUACAAAGUAAAAAAUAA